AUGAAGCUCUUCCGCGCCAUUGUCCUCCUGUCUCUCCUCGACUUGCUCGUGAACCAAACCACAGCGUCGCACCACCACCACAAGACGGCCAAGCCAGUCAAGGCUUAUGCGGCCGAAGACUCGAGCGUGGAUGAUUAUGUUGCCCAGGUGCGCGGCAGCAUGUGCUUGCCCAACGUCACGUGCGGCUCGGACGGCAAGUCGUGCAAGACCGACUGCGAGUUCCGGGUGGCCCAGUGCAAGGAUACGGACCUGAAGGAAGUCGAGAGCGACAAGUGCGGUGACUCCGACAUGCUCAAGUUGACGCCGUACAACCCCAGAACCUUGGACUGGACACGAUCAUAG